AUGACUGAAUCGGACACCAACAACACUAACGUUGGAGUUGACGCGUUUGCCAGUGAGAAACGCGUGGAUGCUGGCAAUACAACUCCAACCGAGGUGGAUGCAACAUUUACAAACUUGCCCACUCCAGAGACCACAACAACCGACAUUGGCGCGAACAGACUGAAGUAUUUCGUGGAUGACUUGAAGGGGAACGUGUAUAAUCAAGAGGAAACUGCCAAGAGGUUCAAGUACUUGCUUGGACUCACUGACUUGUUCAAGCACUUUAUCAAUGCCAGGGCUGAGAACGACGCGGUUUUCCAAGAUAUGAUUCACAAGAUUAACAACACCCCAACAGGUGACAAUUCCAAGGGAAGUGGAGCAGCCGCAACAGGACCAACUAGAACCACAGGGAAACGUAAAACCGAGAAGGAGGAAGACGAAGAGCUUUUACAAGAUGAAGAAGAAACCGCGUCUAUCACUGAAUUCACAGAGAGUCCUGGAUAUAUUCAAGGUCAAUUGAGACCAUAUCAAAUUCAAGGUCUUAACUGGUUAAUUUCAUUGUAUGAGAAUAACUUGUCUGGAAUCUUGGCUGAUGAAAUGGGACUUGGUAAAACUUUACAAACCAUUUCCUUCUUGGGCUACUUACGAUACUUCAAGGGCGUGAACGGUCCUCACAUUGUGAUUGUUCCUAAAUCUACAUUGGAUAAUUGGGCUCGUGAGUUUGCCAAAUGGACCCCAGAAGUAAGAGUUUUAUCCAUUCAAGGUGACAAGGAAGAGAGAAAUAGAUUGAUCAAUGAAAGAUUGUUGACCUGUGACUUUGAUGUGGUGAUUUCAUCAUAUGAAAUAGUUAUCAAGGAAAAAUCUCUGUUCAGAAAGUUUGCAUGGCAAUAUAUUGUCAUUGAUGAAGCUCAUAGAAUCAAGAAUGAAGAGAGUUUACUUUCACAAAUUAUCCGUAUGUUCCUGUCAAGAAAUCGUUUAUUGAUCACUGGUACACCAUUGCAAAACAAUUUACAUGAACUUUGGGCAUUAUUGAAUUUCAUCUUACCAGAUAUUUUUUCAAAUUCUGAACUGUUUGAUGAAUGGUUUCAAAAUAGUGAAGAAGAUAAUGUUAUUUCUCAACUUCAUAAGGUUUUGAAACCAUUUUUAUUGCGUAGAAUCAAGCUGGAUGUCGAGAAAUCAUUACUUCCUAAGCAAGAAUUAAACGUUUACACUCGUAUGUCUGAAAUGCAAAAGAAAUGGUAUCAAAAGAUUUUGGAAAAGGAUAUUGAUGCUGUGAAUGGAGCCAACGGGAAGAAGGAACUGAAGACCAGAUUAUUGAACAUAGUCAUGCAAUUAAGAAAAUGUUGUAACCAUCCAUAUCUUUUCGAAGGGGCAGAACCAGGUCCACCAUACACCACUGAUGAACAUUUGGUGUAUAAUUCACAAAAAAUGAUAAUUUUGGAUAAAAUGUUGAAAAAAUUUCAACGUGAAGGAUCUAGAGUAUUAAUUUUUUCUCAAAUGAGUAGAAUGUUGGAUAUUUUAGAAGAUUAUUGUCAUUUCAGACAAUAUGCUUAUUGUAGGAUUGAUGGACAAACUGAUCAUAGUGACAGAGUUAAUGCCAUUGAUGAAUAUAAUAAGCCUGGUUCAGAAAAGUUUGUAUUUUUAUUGACCACCAGAGCUGGUGGGUUGGGGAUUAAUUUAACUUCAGCUGACAUUGUGGUGUUAUUUGAUAGUGAUUGGAAUCCACAAGCUGAUUUACAAGCAAUGGAUAGAGCUCAUAGAAUUGGACAAACUAAACAAGUUAAAGUGUUUAGAUUCAUUACAGAAAAUGCCAUUGAAGAAAAAGUUUUAGAAAGAGCUACUCAAAAACUUAGAUUGGAUCAAUUAGUUAUUCAACAAGGACGUAAUGGAGGAGGAAUAGCUGUAAAUGGUCAACAAAGUAACAAGGCUACUUCCAAGGACGAACUUUUGAAUAUGAUUCAAUUUGGAGCACUGGAGGCAUUUAAGAAGGAUGAUAAUACAGAAACUGCCGAUGAUAUUGAUAUUGAUGCGAUUUUAAAGGCAUCUGAAGAUAAAACUAAAGAAUUAAAUCAAAAAUAUUCUAAACUUAAUUUGAAUGCACUUCAAAACUUUACAAACGAUGAGCUGGUUUAUGAAUGGAAUGGAGAAAAUUUCAAGAAGAAGGAGCCUACUUCCAUAGCAAACAUUGGUCAUGGAUGGAUUAACCCCGGUAAGAGAGAACGUAAGGAAAACUAUUCAAUUGAUAUGUACUACAAGGAUGUGUUGAACACUGGAGGAAGAUCUCAACCAAAUAAGAGUGGACCCAAACCACCAAAGAUUUUGAAUCUUUAUGAUCAUCAGUUCUAUCCAGCACAAUUAUUUGAAUUGUAUGAAUUAGAAAAGAAUUACUAUAAGAAGCUUAUCAAUUACAAAGUACCAUUGAAGAGUGGACCACCUAAGACGUUGAAGGAGCGUGUUGCCGAACAAGAACUUGAACAAAGUGAAAUUGAAAAUUCGAGACAAAUCACUGAUGAAGAGAAAUUAAUAAAGGAAGAUCUUUUAGGUCAAGGAUUUAGUAAUUGGAAUAGAAGAGAUUUCAUUCAUUUUAUUAGUGUGAGCUCAAAGUAUGGAAGAAAUUCCAUUAGAGCCAUUGCUUCUGAAUUUGAAGAUAAGACCAUUGAAGAAGUACGUGAAUAUGCUCAAGCAUUCUGGGAAAAUUAUGAACAAAUUGAUGGUUUCGAAAGAUUUCUUACACUGAUUGAACAAGGUGAAGAAAAAAUCCGUAAGAUUAAGGUUCAAAAGGAACUGCUCCGUAGAAAGUUGUCUCAAUAUAAGUACCCAUUACAAGAGUUGAUGUUGAAGUUCCCACCAGCUUCUACAAGCAAAAGAGUCUUCUCUGAAGAAGAGGAUCGAUUCUUACUUGUUCAAUUAUACAAGAUUGGACUCGAUAGACCAGACGUUUACGAAAGAAUCAGAGAUGCCAUUAAGGAUUCUAAGUUAUUUAAAUUUGAUUUUUUCUUUCAAUCAAGAAAUGCUGGUGAAUUAUCAAGACGUUGUACCACUUUAUUGGGAUGUAUUGCAAAGGAGUUCAACCCAGAAAUCGGUAAGAAGCGUAAGACAGAAACAGGAACUGAGAGUGGUAAGAAGAAACAAAAGAAGUAG